CGCGAUUGUCAGCCUAACUCGAAGAAGCUUAUAAAGCUAGAAGAGGAGGUAAUAGUUAAUUAUAUACUUAAUCUAGAUCUAUGUGGAUUUUCGCCUACUUACAUAGCUGUGCGUGAUAUAGCUAAUAGACUACUAGCUACGCGCGGCGCUAGCUAG